AAGCCACGUGGCCAUUUCCCAAGCGGAGUUUCCACGACAGCUGGAAGCCGAGCGGGUAAAAGGCGCAUCGCUUCUUUUCCUGAAAUAAUCUGAAAAGAACCGGACUUCUGCUCGUCCCAGCUCCUCCAGAUAAACCCUUGUCUGGCAUGGGCGACAAGCGGAGCCCCACAAGGCCGAAGCGUCAACCGAAGCCCUCCUCCGACGAGGGGUUUUGGGACUGCAGCGUGUGCACCUACAAGAACACGGCAGAGGCUUUUAAGUGCAUGAUGUGUGAUGUGAGGAAGGGGACGUCAACAAGGAAGCCUCGUCCUGUCUCCCAGCUCGUCUCUCAGCAGCAAGUAACGCAGCAGUUUGUUCUACCGUCGCAGCCCAAAAAGGAGAAGAAGGAGAGGGUCGAGAGGGACAAGAGUGAAAGAGAGCCGGCGCCUAAGAAGAACAGUCACAAGAAGAUGAGGCCAAGAUUAAAAAACAUCGACCGGAGCAGUGCCCAGCACCUGGAGGUGACGGUUGGAGACCUGACGGUCAUCAUAACGGACUUUAAGGAGAAGGCCAAGCCCUCAGCCACCUCCGCUCCUUCCUCCAGCUCCGCUUCGUCGGCGGACCAUCACAGCCAGAACGGCUCCGGCUCGGAGAACACGGAAAAGGGCCUUCCCCACUCUUCCCUAUCCCGAGGAGAGGGGAGCUCAGUCAACGGAGAGUCCCACUGAUUCUCCUCACAGCUCACUGGCAGCCUGCAUCUAAGGGCCCGGUCCACUGUCACGGGUGGAAAAACUUUUUUGGGGGGGGAGGGGUGAUUAUCUCCAGAAGAUAUUGUUUUUGAAAGGUAAGGUAUUUGUGGCGUUUAGGAAACUGAACGAUCCUCCACAACGUUACGAAGACAUGUUUUGCUGAACUGACUAAAGUCCGCUGCUAGAAUAUGGACUUCUGAAAAGUUUGGUCCUAAUUAAGGAACUUCUUAUGAAAAAACUAUUGGGACAAACUUUGGACAGAGUACUCGGAUCACCUUGAGUUGAGAUUUGAAAUUUCCUCUAAAGCAAUGCACAGUCUUACUGUUGCCAUCAGCAUCGUCAGCAGCGUCUCCGACCCCUACCUGGAGAUUUUCUGUUUAGCGCCUGCUUUCACAGCGUCUGUCCAGCGGACUGUCAAACCCUGCAGCAAACUUUUACUGCUGAUCUGGAAAGCUUCUUCUUCUUUUGACCACAUGGGUUCGUUUGCAUACUGGAGCGGGUUGGGUAACGAAAGCAUGACUGAACACGCAAAACGUCGCCCGGCUGAACGUUGCGCCGGUUCAACAAGGUAACACCCGUUGUGGUGCUGAAACGUGUUGCAAAUAAUCCGCUUCUGUGUCUCGGUCAUUCGUUUUUGGGGAUCAGUCUUUGUUUUCGACAGAGUCAUUACAAAGUGAUGUGUGCAAUAAAAACUCAAGCAAGGAACAGCCUUCACCUGCCACAUUAAGACCAAAAGUACCUUAGUACUUUUAGUACGUUCCACUCAUCAUGGACAUGAAUGUCACACAGAUUCUUAGCUUGUAGUGAUCAUAAAACUUAAUUAUGUUUAAAAAGCAAAAGCAGUGUACGCAGAUUUCAAUUUAGCGUGGGAUUUCACCACAUCUGGUCAUAGAUACACGUACAGGUUCAAAUAUAUACAUACAACCGCUCUAAUAUUCAGCUAGAUGAGCUUUAGCAAGUUGUUUUUUGUCAACUUCAGCAAGCCUCUGCUAUAAAUCGCUCUGGGUGUGGGUGUUUGACCAGUCCUAUCGGAAAUAAUGCAUUUAUUUCAAAUGAAAUGCAUUAUAUCAUUUGAAAUGAAGUAAUGCUGCCGGGGAUCCAGCUUUGAAGCCUUAGCCCGUUCCCCAGGCGUCACGUUGGCCUGUUUUAUCCACUCCAGAAGCACGUUUGGUGUGUUUGCAGCCAUUGCCUGUUGUGUUGGAACAGUCACUUGUGUGCUUUAAACCUCCAUAGCUGUUGAUUUGAGGUGAGGUUGAAGUAUUUGGAGGCAGUCCUCCUCCUUGCAAUGGGCCAGUCCCACCAGCAGUGAAAUAUAAGGUAAGAGAUUCCUUUAUUCUCCCACAAUGGGGGAAUACCGACUCUCACCAUGAUGCUGCCACCACCACGGUAGACUUUUCUCCCAUCUGAAGCCCUGAUAUUGACUCCUCCAAACUUACUUAUUGUCAUGUCACAGAAAGUUUUUUUUUUUUCUCUUAAACAAUAAAACUUUUUUUUCCCCCUAGAAAGCAUUUGGCUUGUCUAAGUGGAUUGAACCAAAAUGACACCUUUAAGUAGACUGAGACUUGCAGCAGGACAAUUUUCUGCUGAAACCUGUCCUGACAGCACAAUGAGACACACACACCAGCCUCGACCUUGUUGAACAUGUUUAGACUGAGCUUAAAAGCCUGUUGCGUGGCUGCAGGCCAACUAAAUUCAAUUAACUCCAAAUCCCGACAGCUGCAGAAAGGGCGUGGUCCAACUCGCAGGGCAUCAUUGCACGAACGCCGGCGCCGGCCUAUGCCUAUAUUUGAACCUGUACGUAUUAUUUUUGUAGAUCAUAGAAAGCGCACCAUAGAUUUCAGCUCGUGCGCCUGGUCCUCGUCAUAGAAUUUGGGUCAUUGUUAUCCCCCAGGGAAAAGGAAUUGUUGAAAGAAAGCAUUAAGAGCUCCAAGCCAAUGUUAACAUUCACACCUGCAUACGAUGAGUGGACGGCAGCGUGUCACAGCAGCUUCCUGCUUCACGGCGGAGGCGGUUCCCUGACGUCAGCCUCCCUCGGCACCAUGACGGCCCUCAUGGAUGCGUAGGGAAUGUGGCGAACGGCCGAGGUGCUGCCUUGGCCUCUGUUUCACAG